AUGACGCCCCAGGAAUUUUUCUCCUCCUGCUUGGCGCCUUUCGUGCUCGUUUUUGGGUUCGUCAAGUUCAUGUUCAACGGCAUCGUCGCAUUGGCUUAUAAAGCGAUCAAGUUUGCGGCGCCGACACUCGCCAAGCACCGCGACAUCGUCGGCCUCUCCUUCAUUUUGUGGGUGUUUUACUUCUUGUUCUGCGACACGUCCUCUGAUAAGCUCUUUCUGGGCGCCGUAAAAGGCAUCUACUGGUUGGUCUGCAAAAUCAUGGUGUUGAUGGCCCGGUACCCGGUGAAGGCGCUCGGCUUCGCCGUCGUCGUACGCAGCGUUGCGUUCCAGUCUCGUUAACCCGAUUCUCACUUUUUGACUUCCACAGGUUUUUUCUCUGUGGUACCAAUACGGGAACGAGCUCCGUCAAAUUUGGCGCCAGUUCAAGCGCGACAUCUUCGGCCGGGGCAACGGCGGCAACGGCGGCAACGGCGGCAACGGCGACGGCGGCAACACGGACGAUGACGACGACGACGAUGACGACAACGACGAGAAGAAGUCCAAUUCGAAGCGCCAGAAGCGCAAGGGAAUCUCGCCGCUCAAGCCGGUGAAGAUCGAGGACGAGGGCAUGGGGAUCUCGAUCUGA